CGCAGUUCAGAGUUGAAAGUCAAGGAAAAGCAGAAGCAUGGCGGCUUUAGUGAAGUGCAGAGCGCUGCUUCAGCCUGUCCGAUCACAAAUAAACGUGAUCAGCGGCGUCUGCAGAUCGGACAGUGUUUUGCACGCAUUUCUAACCAAGAGAGCGCCCCACUGUGUGCGACUGUCCAGCUCCGACGUUAAGUCUGGAGAUGACCUUAUCGUUAGAUACUUGGACGGUGAUGACUCAGGGAUUGUUGUUUUGGGGAUUAAUCGCCCUCAGUCUAAAAAUGCCAUCAGCAAAAAUCUUGUUACAAUGAUGUCAGAAGCUCUCGAGUCAUUGAAGAAGGACAACAAAGUGCGUACUGUAGUUUUGUGCAGUAUUGUGCCUGGGAUAUUCUGCGCAGGUGCAGACUUAAAAGAAAGAGCAAAGAUGCAGCAGAGUGAAGUAGGACCAUUUGUUACUAAAGCAAGAACACUAAUAACAGAACUUGGUACUCUUCCCAUGCCGACGAUUGCAGCCAUUGAUGGGGCGGCUCUUGGAGGAGGUCUGGAGAUGGCUCUGGCCUGUGACAUCAGAGUGGCAGCUAGCUCUGCUAAAAUGGGACUAGUUGAGACUAAAUUAGCCAUCAUCCCAGGCGCUGGGGGAACCCAGCGUCUGCCACGAACUGUAGGAGUGUCUGUAGCUAAAGAGCUGAUAUUUGCGGCGCGAGUGUUGAGCGGUGACGAAGCCAAGAGUCUCGGUCUGGUGAAUCACGCUGUGGAGCAGAAUGAGUCUGGAGAUGCGGCGUAUCUGCGAGCUCUGGAUCUGGCCCGUGAAUUCAUCCCUCAGGGGCCAAUUGCAAUUCGAAUGGCGAAGUUAGCAAUCAACCAGGGAAUAGAGGUGGAUUUGAAGACCGGAUUAGCUAUUGAAGAGGCAUGUUAUGCCCAGGUGAUCCCAACCAAAGACCGGCUGGAAGGAUUGCAGGCGUUCAAAGAGAAACGUCCUCCUCGCUUUAAGGGCGAGUAACUGCGGCCUAAACAUCCAGUUCC